AUGAAGCUCCUCUACCCCACCUCCCUCAAGCUCGACGUCGACAGCCUCCAGGGCUUCUCCGUCGACCUCGUCCCCUACGACGUGAAGACCACCAUCCCCGAGGAGCACACAGACGCCGAGAUCCUCGUCACCUGGACGAACUCAGCCGACAACCUCAAGGACGCCGCCGCCCGCCUCAAGAACAUCAAGUGGAUCCAGUCCCUCGCCGCCGGCCCCAACGACGUCCUCUCCGCCGGCUUCGACACCUCCAAGGUAACAGUCACCACCGGCUCAGGCCUCCACGACCACACCGUCGCAGAGCACGCCCUCGGCCUCCUCCUCAACGCCGCCCGCCGCUUCUACGAGAUGCGCGACUACCAGCUCCAGUCAAAGUGGCCAGGCCACCUCGGCGGCCCGCAGCCCGACCGCCCCGCCAACGCCUUCACCACCCUCCGCGACGCCCGCGUGCUCAUCUGGGGCUUCGGCAACAUCGCCAAGUCGCUCACCCCGCACCUCCGCGGCCUCGGCGCCCAGGUGAAGGGCGUCGCCCGCAACGCCGGCAUCCGCGACGGCGUUGAGGUCUACGGCGAGGACAAGCUCGCCGAGCUCCUCCCCGAGACGGACGCCCUCGUCAUGAUCCUCCCCGGCUCCGAGUCCACCAAGAACGCGCUCAACGCCGCGCGCCUCAAGCAGCUGCCCAAGCACGCGUGGAUCGUCAACGUCGGCCGCGGCACGUCCAUUGACGAGGAGGCGCUCGUGGACGCGCUCGAGGCCGGCGAGGUCGGCGGCGCGGCGCUCGAUGUGUUUGUCACCGAGCCGUUGCCCGAGUCGAGCCGGUUGUGGAAGGCGCCGAAUGUUGUUGUCUCGCCGCAUGCUGCUGGUGGAAGGCCGCAGGGCGCGGAGGCGUUGAUUGCGUAUAACUUGAGGCGGUUCCGUGCUAGCCAGUCGUUGAAGAAUGUCAUCUGA